AUAUGUUCUUUUUGCAGAGUUUACUUUUCAUCUAGUACCAACGAAUUGGUUGGCCUGUUUUAUCCGCCAUGCCUGGUGACAGUAAGGCCCAGCUGCCAAGUAGCUUGACUGAGCAGAUUGAUGCUUUUAUUGCUGAUCUAAAGCAGGGGAGUGUGAAGGGGUCCUAUGAUGUAGCCCAUAGCACCCUCUCCCUGAUCAGGAAGAUCAUAUCCGGUAGCCGAUGGGCGCACGCCGGGGAGCUGAUGGGGCUGAUCAGGCAGGAGGGUAAGAGGAUAACCAGUGCUCAACCUGCUGAGUCCUCCGUGGGUAACAUGGUGAGAAGGGUACUCAAGAUCAUCAGGGAGGAGUAUGCAAGUAUCAUCAAAGGCCAGGGUGUAGAUUCUUCUAGUGAUCCUCAAGAGUCUCUUCAUAAAAAGCUUCUUGCUGAAGGUCAAGUAGAGGAUUUCAGCAAACCUUGUACAAAUUUAAAGGGUCGAGUAAUAGAGAGUAUUAAUGAGUUGUUAUCAGAACUAGAGGGAAGUGCAGAAGCUAUUGCUAGUCAAUCAUUGGAACAUAUCCAUUCUAAUGAGGUCAUCAUGACACUGGGAAAAUCAAGAACAUUAGAGGCAUUCCUUCUUAAUGCAGCUAGAAAAAGGAAAUUCCAUGUAAUAGUUGCAGAGUGUUCUCCUUUGUAUAAGGGACACGAGUUAGCCACUACACUAGCCAAGCACGAAAUCGAGACGACGGUCAUCACUGACUCGGCCGUCUUUGCUAUGAUGUCGCGGGUGAACAAGGUCAUCAUUGGAACACACACAGUCAUGGCAAAUGGAGGAUUGAAGGCUAUUGGAGGCACUCAUGCCUUAGCAUUAGCAGCUAAGCAUCAUUCAGUACCGUUGAUAGUAUGCACACCGAUGUUCAAGCUGUCACCAGAAUACCUCUGUAGUAUUGAUCAGGAUGCAUUCAAUAAGUUCGAGUCACCACAAGAGAUCUUAGAUUAUUCCGAUGGGGAGUUACUCUCCAAGGUUCAUAUCUACAAUCCUGUUUUUGACUAUGUACCUCCAGAGCUAGUCACACUCUUCAUAUCAAACAUUGGGGGCAAUGCCCCAUCAUACGUCUACAGACUUCUGAGCGAGCUAUACCACCCUGAUGAUCAAGACCUAUGACCUCUGACCUUUAGAGCAUCUCAAAAAUGAGAACUGUACAAAUUGGGACAAUUUUGUGAUCAGCAUUUCAACCCAAACUAUUGAGAAUGCGAUUCAGUGUUGCUCUCUACCUGCAUAAACAUCAUGUCACCAUAGUUACAACCAGAGAUGACUACUUCUCACUGGUUCAAAACCAAGAGCAAGUUGUCAUCCGAUGACGUGGUGGUCAAAUCCGACAGCUUGUCCGAUGAAAUAUGGCUGACAUUUCAAGUAUUGUUACUGUAGAUGUGAUGUGGCCCAGUAAACUCUCGGGACUAUGAACCACAAGGUCCGGGAUUUGAAUCCCACCAUGGCACUCGCAUCACUUGGCAAGGCAUUUAUCUACAUUUGCUACUCUCCACCCUGGUGUAGUAACUGGGAACCUGGUAGGAAGGAAUUCCUUGAAUGCUCACCUGAUCAUGAUAUCCUUGCUGAAGCCAGGGUAAUAGUAUGCAUUGCUUUAGCACUAUAUUAAUGUUUCAUAUUAUUAUUAUCUUUAAAAUGUGUAGUAAGUGGUCACCAUAUUUGUAGUUGCAGCCAAUCAAUUACGACUCUUUAGACAUGUUUUUUUACAGGAGUGUUUCUUUAAUUCUCUUUCUUUCUCUGACUCAGUGAAAACUGUGAUAGAUAAAAAAUACAUAAAUGGAAAUCAUUUAUAUCCAGAAGCUUGACUGAACUGUUCAAAUUUAGAUCAUGUCAUCAAUUACAGCUUCCUCACGUCCAUUUUAUCAUGAAUAUAUUAUAAAAUCUUCAUAAUUGUUAAAAAUUUGGGUGUGACUCAUCAGCAUUUCAACACAGUUGUCCCUUUAUCUGCCUUUAUAUAUACCCUUCAAAUUACCUUCUUCUUUGUAUUUUGUGAAUUAACGUGAACACUUCUGAAAUAGCUAAAUGUUUAGAGAUUGACUCACUUAAAUACUUGUCUCAUACAGGUGAAUACCAUAUUCAAUAUUAAGUCCAUCCAUGUAUCAAAGAAACAAUGUAUAAUGAAUUUGACCUUCGUAAUGACUUCAAUAAACAACAUAAAUUCUUGUAGAUGGGUCAUGUACAUGUAAUAUUACUCGUACAGUAUGUAUUAGUGCAGUCUACUGAUAAUAGUUUAACAUGUAAAUAUUGUAGCACACACUUUUCUCACAAAUUAGUCAAAUUUGAGUGUAAACACUGACCUUGCCUCUUUUUGGUAAUAAAGGUUGACUGCAACAAAAGGAAUACUAAUAUUUUGUUCCAUUUUCUUAAGGGGAAGAAAAUAUGUUGCGUUGAGCUAGAGCAAGAGUGCAGUCAUAUUUUAUAAUUUUGUAGUGGUAACAGUUCCUCUGCAAUUUCAGUCAGGUGAGGGAAAGAGGCUGCUACUUCAGGUACAGGAAUAUGCUCCCUGUUGGUAGGGAUAAUGUCUCGGGUAUACGCUGCAGGAAGAUUGAUUACCUUGAUGCUGUUGUGGGCAUGAACUGUUAGUCCUUGAAUCUUCUCGCUAGGUAUCCUUUCAUCUUUCUUAGACUUGGUAGGAAGGAGAAGAUUUUACUUUUGAACCAUGUAGGAUCAUGGCUUCCUUUUUAGAUUCCAGCAAGAUUGUUGUUGCCAGACUGUGUGUCUAACAGUGCAUAUAUCAGUCUCUCAUCAACGAUGUCCUCCUGAGAUAUCCAGACUGGAAGGACUGAUGAAAACCUUACAGCCUGCAUGUAUUUAGUCAUAUGACUAACUGUUGUAUGAGAACUUGAUGUUCUGAGUUGCUCUAUUGGCCCAAAGCUGUCAAUGGCUGGCUGGGCCUCCAUCUGCUCGCUGGUUCUCUCUUGGUUACUUCUAUUCCAGUAUUCAUGAUGAGCUGUGGGAUGUUGUUUUUUGCGGACACUACCUGCGUGUCUCCUCUUGAUACAUUCCCUUGAAGUGUGCCCUCGUUUGAGACAGUCAUAACACAGUCCAUUUUCUCGAACAUAGCUCUUCCUUUCAAAGCCAUCGAUGGGGACUUCUGUCAAAUUCCUAGCUUGUGGUGUUCCUUACGAAGCGAACAGACAUGCUCCUGCUUCCUUCCCUUUCUUGGAAACUGGGCAUUGAUCUCUUGAGGCGUACAUGGAUGUUGCACCCAACGCUGCUUCUUCUCUACCCUCAGCUCCUUUACAUUAUUCAGUGAGGUAAGAGGGUCACAUGCGAUGUUGGCUUCUUCCUCGAUAAAAUUGCUAAAUUCUUGACAUGAACGGAAGGCAUUUCUAUGAGUUUCUUUCCCUGUAGCAACUCAUUUACUCCAGCUUAUGACCAUGUGGUCUGGAAGUUUGGCCAUGAUCUUUCUAUGUUCCCUCUCAUUACCCAAUUGUGCCAGAUUUCAUAUUGUUAGCAUUGCUGUACAGGACAGUUUUAGGUAAUCAGAUGGCAUUCGUAGGCCUUGGCUAUCUCUUUUGUUGAUUCUUGGCCAGGAUCCCAACUUGUCUCUGUAGACGUUGGACCAGAUGACGGGAUCACUGUACCUACUUUGUAAGGCCUGCUUAGCUGUAGCAUAGGAUUAGGUAUCGUCUAAUAAUAAAUAGCCUUGAACCAGUUGUAAGGGUUGGCCCUUCAAGUACUUCAGAAGAUAGAUAGAACUUAUCUUCUUUAUAUUCCUUCUUUCUAUCAGCAGGUCGUAGCUUCUUUUUUCCAUGUGUUGAUAUUGCAGAGAACUUCCAAACACAGGUGGUUCUGGAGGGAGCAGGUUAUUAGACUUAUCCAGUCCAUUAUGGUUGCUGCUAAUUGAUCCCCAGUUCCAAAAACUUGAUCUCUUGGAGCACUAUGCGAGGAUCAUCUUGGUUCUGAGCAUUACCCCACCAUUUGCAUUCAAUCUCCUUUUAUGAAGAACGUUUGGAGGAAUGUCUGGAUGUUGUUGACUUUAUGGAGCCUAUUUGAAGAACCUUCAUUCGGUCAUGAGCUUCCUUCAUGAGCUCGAUGUGUUACUCCUCUCUUCGAUUUUAGUGAUGCUGUCAUCAUCCAGAUUUAAUGCGUCUUUGGUCUCGCUAAGACUCCUGCAGCAUCGAUGCAUUAUCUAUAGCUAUACUUCCUCUCUCUUUUGUUUGAUUAUUGACUAAUUAUGAUAUGUACUUUGUCAAUACGGGCAUUUAUAAGUUUGUUGGCAGCCUGCUGCCAACUCCUUCGAGACCUUGUAAAGUUUAUGAUGAUGAAAUUACACAUGACUGCACUAUGACAUGAAAAAAAUGACAGAUGAUAUACACAACAUAAACAAUGAGCGAAACUGCCAUUCCAACUGCUGGUACUGCAGGCCCCUUUCUGAAUUGUCAUCUGACAUCUUGUCAUCUUUGAAGAAUAACAUCCAGAAGGUUUCACUGUAGCUGCAGCCAAUCAAUUAAGACUCUUUAGACAUCUUUUGUUACGGGAGUGUUUCUUUAUUUGUCUUUAUUCCUUUUCUUUGGGAAAUCAGGCAUUUUACCUGUCAUGAAAACUCAAGAUGUCUUGCUGAAGAUGGCGUUCUAACCUUUUUGUUAUUAACUCGGCCACAAAAGGUUACAUAGAAGUCACACUGUUACAGUAUUCAACUGGGUGGAGGGCACUCCUAGUAUCUAAUAAGAUGUCGAAAUAAUUAUACACAAUACAGAGAUGCAAAAAAAAUGCAAAUGUAUAUAUACAUGCCAAUGUAUUUAUAUUAACCUGGUGCCAUUCUUGGCACAGAAAUGUACAAGAGUGAAAGUAGUUCGUCAUCUGUAAGAUAUAAUUUUUUUGCAAAUCUUCCCUCUAAUCACCGAUUUUGGAGAACGAUAUCUCUUGUAUUUCAAUUAUCUGUGUAAUUAGCUAUUUUUAUUUGAUCAUGUAAGUCAAUUUUUUUCCUGUAAAUUGUUUUCUUUUUGGAAUACUCAUCUUGGGCAAGUAUGAAUGCUUUAUGAACCAUUUUCUCAUUUAGUCGUAGAGGUUUGCUCUCUUGUGUAUUUGUCUGGCUGACCUUUCAAAGAGGAAACUGAAAGAUCACAUUGUAAUAUGAUAUACUAAAUGUCCUCAUUCGAGUAAGAUUAUAUAUGUGAUUGCAUUGUAUUUAUUGAGCAUUCCUUUAGAUAUUUCACUUUGUUCCAGACUAGGCCUUUUAAGUAAUAGGAAGUCAAUUUGCUCAUGAUAUCACUUAGCUCAAUAAUUUUAAUCAAACGUUAGACUGGAAAACCCUCUUCCUCAACAGAUUUCAGGUAAUGCAAUGGGUUUUAGUAUAUGAAUUAUGAUUCAUGUUUGGCAUUUGCUCUCUCUUGGAGGCUUGGUUACAAACCAAACAUAACUUCAGGGGAGUGUUUCAUCAACAUUUUUGUCUGACAAGUUGUCAGAUCUGACAACUUUGCUUGAUUCUGAUUGGCUGAGAGACACUGUUACUAUGGUAAUUGUCGGAUAAAACAGGACUUGUCGGAUAAAACAUCUGACAAGUCCUUUCAUGAAACGCUCCCCAGAGCUACAUGUGAUGCAAGGAUUGUGAUCUUUUAGUUUUAACCUUUAUUUGAAAUAACAUUUUCUUUAUUGAAUGUAUGCACUGUUCAAGAAUAAUAUGACAGUGGAAAGUGGAAACAAAUCAGUUACUAUUUGCACAUUUGAAGAGAAAGUCAUUGAUAUUAAAUUGGUAAUGAUAAAAGGAGGAAAACAACAGGAACAUAUUGAUGACGCUUUGAUAACAUUCUAUCGAAUAAGAGUUGUGAAUUUGUAUAGGUUAUGCUGUCAUCUAAUAUCAUUUCAAUAAAUUUCCAAUACUUAAUGUCCCGUGAUAUUAAACCUCGAUAGAGACUUCAUUAUAAAGGCCUUUCCUUCGGUAGGAUCUUCUUCUCCAGAGGAAAACCAAUUGGCUUUCAUUGAUACUAAUGUACCUGGACAUCAGGGUGAUCUUGUUUAACAUAUCCUUACUUUUUUCUCGUCGGUGAAUAUAUAUCACAUUGAAAGUCGUUUUGUGAAUUGAAUUUGCUAUUAGGAGUGGAAACAGCAAAGGCAAAAAUUGAUUUUGCAAUAUAAAAGGAAACUUGUGUUUCA